CCCCGCCGCUGCUCGUUUGAUAGCUCCAACGGCGCCGGACGGAGACACAAGCGGGGCAGAGGGAGAAGGAGAGCAGACUGGAAGAGGCACUCGUCGCGGGAAGAACAGCAGAAAGAAAAGGUUAAAAAAAAUCUCCGUUUACAACACUACAAAUCCGCCGACUCCUCGCCCAGACACGGUUGGCGCACCAUGGACGGUUAUGGCAGGACCGAAGAUGAGCUGUUCUCCUCCUGCCUCCUGAACCUCACCUGGGAGACUUGCUACGAGCAGUGUGCAGCCUUGGUUGGUGAAGACCAGCCCCUAUGCCCAGACCUCCCUGAACUUGACCUCUCAGAGCUGGAUGUCAGUGACUUGGAUGCAGACAGCUUCCUGGGUGGCCUCAAAUGGUACAGUGACCAGUCGGAGAUAAUUUCCACUCAGUAUGGGAAUGAGGCAUCCAAUCUUUUUGAGAAGAUAGAUGAAGAAAAUGAGGCCAACUUGCUGGCAGUGCUCACAGAGACCCUGGACAGCAUCCCGGUGGAUGAGGACGGAUUGCCUUCGUUUGAGGCCCUGGCAGAUGGGGACGUGACCAAUGCCAGUGACCGGAGCUGUCCCUCUUCUCCUGACGGCUCACCACGCACCCCAGAGCCUGAGGAGCCUUCUUUGCUGAAGAAGCUCCUUCUGGCACCCGCAAACUCCCAGCUCAGCUAUAAUCAAUACACAGGUGGCAAGGCACAGAACCAUGCAGCCAGCAGCAACCACCGGAUCAGACCACCACCUGCCGUCGUCAAGACGGAGAGCCCCUGGAACAGUAAAGCCAGAGGGGGCUCCAGCCAACAGAACCGCCCGGUGAGGCGGCCUUGCACUGAGCUCCUAAAAUACCUAACGGCCACCGAUGACAUCCUGCUCCACACUAAAGCCAGUGAAGCCAAGGGUGCCUGGGCAGGUGCCAGUAGCAGAGACAAGAGUGGCCUGGGUCUCGGUGGCUCAUCCUCCUCCUCGUCACCAUCCUCGUCAUCCACCUCCUCGUUCUCCUCCCUGUCCUCCACCUCUUCCUCCUCUUCCACCACCACCUCCAAGAAGAAGUCAGCCGUUUCAUCUCAACAACAACAGCAGCAGCAACCGCCGCAGCAGCAUCACCAGCGAGGUGAGAGCCGGGCUGCAGGCGAGUGUAGUAUGGCUGGUGUUGGGGCUGGGAAGUGGCAGCGUUGCACUCACGAUGACGGGGUUAAGGAGUCGGAGGGUGCCUCUCUCCCUGUUGGCCACAGAACCUACACCUGCGGCCAUGCCCGCCCCAAACUGGAGCACGGGCCGCCCAGUGAAGAAGGAAGGCCGCCAGGCGAUGUGGGCCGCCUGGCCGCCGCUAGGUUUAUUAGGUAUAUGCAUUCUUAUUCCCUCCCUCCCCGAGAGGUGAGUCACAGCUGUGAGCAUUGCCGAGAGGCUGCAGGCGCCACUCAGGCUAGUGAGGGCUUUGGCAGGCAAGGCCGUAGUAACAGCAGCGGUGCCAGCCACACUCCGCAUAGGCACAUCACAGUGACAAUAAAGAAAAGAGACGAGAAGCCAGGGCACCCUUUACUUAGCCAGCUGCUCACCUCCAAACAGAGGCCCACUCAGUUCCGGGCCAACCUACCCCCACCCACAAUCCCCCCUUUACAUAGCACUAAGAGCAGAUCAACAAGUAAUAAGAGGUCCGAGGUCCCAGCCCAGGAUUUUUCUAAGGUGGAAGAGGACGAGGUCAGACAGACCUCCGAUCAUAGAAAUCAGGGAGAAAGUCUGGUUGAAGAGCCUGAUUCAGCACUCCUGUUGUCAACUCUCACUUUAGACCUAGAGAGCUGGGUCACCCAGCUAGAACCAGGGCUAGACAUGGGCUUUGGGCUUGACCUAGUGUGGCCAAACCAGGGGGGCUAUGGGGAGGAUGUUGACCAUGCUGAUGAUGGUGAUGGUGUUUUUGAUGAUGAUGAUGACCAUGUCAUGGGCAGCCCUGCAGCGGUGCUCUCACAGGGCCCACCAAGCCCACUCAUCCCAGAUACUAGCAUUGCAGAGCCCACCCCUCCCUGCAUCACACAAGGGCAAGGGCACCCACACAGGCAGGCACUCAGCGAGCACCCCGAUGACCAGGGCCACCCGUUGUUAGCCAAACCAACCACCUUGCCACUUCCUUUGACCCCAGAGUCUCCAAAUGACCACAAGGGAUCACCGUUUGAGAACAAAACCAUUGAACGCACAUUAAGUGUGGAGAUUGCUGGAACCCCAGGUCUGACACCACCUACAACGCCCCCACACAAAGCCAGUCAAGAGAAUCCUUUCAAAGCAUCUCUCAAAACCAAGUUGUCCUCAUGUUCCUCCUCGGCCUUGACAUGCAAAAGAGCCAGGCUGAGUGAGUUGGGCGCCGGCGCUCUGGUACCGGCCCCGGCCCCAGGUGCCUCAGCCGGGGGCCCUACUAGGAAGGGUCCUGAACAGACUGAGCUUUAUGCACAGCUGAGCAAAGCAUCCAGUAACCUCCCUUAUGCCGUCACUCAACAUGCAGUGGGGGGCUGCCUUGAGGGCCAUUGCAGCACUGGCAACAAUAAGAAGGCCACUUCCCGUGGCCACAGCGACCAUGAUUAUUGCCAGGCAUCAGCUUGUACUAAGAAGGAUGGGGGCACAGCCGCCAUUACCAUGACUACAGCUGUGGAAAUGACAUUCACCCCAGGUGCAACUGCUGCUCCCUUACCGAGUGCUGGCAAAGUGGGGAAUGGGCAUGCUGAAUGUAAGGACACAGCCAUGCCAACAUACUCUUCAUCAUCUUCCUCUCCAUUAUCACCUUCACCUGGCCCUUUGGCUAAUCGGGAGAUUUUUGUUUCUGUUGAUGGAGAAUCAGGCCAUGUCAGGGGCUUAGGAGAGCAGACCCUUACACAAACCCCUCAGACCCCCGUACAAGCGGCCACUACUGUUAGGGACCAACAACAAAUUUCUUCCACCAGCCGAAAGCCCCUGUGCGACCAGGAAAUCAGAGCAGAACUCAACAAGCACUUUGGCCACCCAUUACAAGCCCUCUAUGCCCAGGGUGGCCAGGAGAGAGAACCAAGCAGCAAACCAAACAAGGCUACAGCCCCUCGGUCCCUAAAGGAGGAAGAGAAUCACUCCCAGAGGCUGCCUGGCUCCAGCUACCUGCACCCAGGGUUUCUACACUUCCACGAUGAGCUAGAGCUGGGGGAAGGCCGUGAGAGUCGCUUCACCUAUCCAUGGGAGGGCACUCCUCUGGACCUACUCUUUGACUGCUCUCCCUGCUCUCCCUCCAGUUCUCCACCGUCCAGCUGCUCCCCCUCACGAGGCUCUGUUUCCCCACCUUCCUCCCUUCUCCUGUCACCCAGCAGGCCUUUCUGCUGGACCAGCAGCGGGUCUCGCUCCCGUUCUCGUUCCCACUCUGGCUCCCGCAGCUCUUCAUCACGAUACCGAAGGCGCUCUCUGUCCAGCUCACCUGACAGACACCCCUCCCCCUGGUCUCGUCACAGUACAGAUUUGAAUGCUUUUCGCUCGAGAAACCACAAGAGCCCCCACCCUCAGUCUCGAUCUCCUCUCAGCCGCAGGCCAAGGUAUGACAGUUAUGAGGAGUACCAGCAUGAGAGGCUGAAGAGGGAGGAGUACCGCCUGGAUUACGAGAAGCGGGAGUUUGAAAGGGCCGAGCAGAGAGAGAAACAAAGGCAAAAAGCAAUAGAGGAGAGACGGGUGGUGUACGUGGGGCGACUGAGGUCCGACUGCACCCGGACAGAGUUGAAGCGCCGCUUUGAAGUCUUUGGAGAAAUUGAAGAGUGUGCAGUGAACUUGAGGGAUGAUGGGGACAAUUUUGGCUUCCUCACGUACCGCUACACUUGUGACGCCUUUGCCGCCCUUGAGAACGGACACACCUUACGCAGAGCCAACGAGCCCCAGUUCGAGCUGUGCUUCGGCGGACAAAAGCAGUUCUGCAAAUCACAUUACACAGACUUGGACUCCCAUUCGGACGACUUUGAUCCAGCCUCCACGAAAAGCAAGUAUGACUCCAUGGAUUUUGACAGCUUGCUGAGGGAGGCCCAGUGCAGCCUGAGAAGGUAACCAGUUCAGUGGCGCCCGCUGUCUGUCACAAAGAGGGACUUCUAAUACCUCACUGUUGUUUCUCGCUUCUUUGAUGACGAGACUACCAGAAGUUUUACACUCUGUCAGAGAGUAUGUAACAAUAAGUCUAUAGACCUUUAUCAAUAUAAAUGAAUAUAUUAAAAAUAAAGUUUACAUGAACAUAGCUGCUGAAGAGCUGGGAAGAGACAUUCUGGGAAAGCCAGUGAACCCUCAGAAUCUGGUGCACAGGUUUGAUGCACGCUACUGCUGUACAACCAUCAGCGAAAGAAGAAGAAAAAGAAGAAA